CUUUGAAGUUGGCAUAAUAGUUUUAUUUGUUUAAUACCUUUUGGCACAGCCUUCAAAUGCAUCUGGAUUUGGAAAUUGACAUAAUCGUUAGAUUCACGUGUGUAGGGUCUCUAUAAUAUAGAAAAAAGGGGAAGGAUUGUCAUUUUUUUACAUUCAUAUAUUCCAGAUUAGUCGGAAUUGCCACGUCUGCUACAUCAAAUGGUACAAUAAAAGGGAAUUUCCAGGAAACACUGAUUUUCAAAGUAACGUUGUGUUUGGACUUCCGUCCUGAAACCUAUACUAUAUUUAAUCAUGUAUUCCGAUUUUUAUGAAUGCCAAAAUUAGAUCGUCAAAAUUACCGUCAAUUUUUUUUCUGCAUAUAUAAUACCCCCGUAAAAUGGUCUAGUUGCUGAUCAGCCGGUAUACGUGCGUAUUGUUCCAAAGCAUUACUGAUAUAUAAAGGAGGGAUCAGUAUGUCCUGGUGAAAUAAUUGUAUGUAAAGGAUCACAAAGGCUUGGGAAUUUUAAUGUGUAGGAAUCCUGUCUUUGCCAACAUUGCAAUAGUUACUCCAUACCAAUGAGGUGCUUCGGGAUUGUGCGGAAGGUGCUAUAUAAAUGCAGUCCUCAGUUUGUGCAAAAAUAGUCCAGCUUCUCGGCCAAAAUGAAAUCGAUCAUCAUAAGCGGCAGGUGGUUAUUGUGAGUCAAGACAGCUUUUACCAAGUGUUAACAGCAGAACAGAAAGGAAAAGCAAUGAAAGGCCAAUUUAACUUUGAUCAUCCAGAUGCUUUUGAUAAUGAAUUAAUAUUGAACACCCUGAGGGAUAUUGUUGAAGGCAAAACAGUUGAGAUCCCUGUCUAUGACUUUGUUUCACAUUCCAGAAAAUCUGAGACGAUUACUGUUUACCCAGCAGACGUGGUGCUUUUCGAAGGUAUCUUGGCCUUUUAUAUGCAGGAGAUCCGAGACAUGUUUCAGCUGAAGCUUUUUGUGGACACUGAUGCAGACACCCGGCUAUCACGCAGAGUAUUAAGAGACAUCAGUGAAAGGCAACGGGACCUGGAACAAAUUUUAACACAGUAUAUAACAUUUGUCAAGCCAGCUUUUGAAGAAUUCUGUCUCCCAACUAAAAAGUAUGCAGACGUCAUCAUUCCAAGAGGAGCAGAAAACAUGGUUGCCAUAAACUUGAUAGUGCAGCAUAUCCAAGACCUUCUCAAUGGUGGACUGAGCAAACGUCAGAAUGGUUAUUUGAAUGGCUACACUCUUUCAUGCAAGAGAGACACUUCGGACUCCAACAGCAGACCACACUGACUGAAGGCCAAGCAGUAGAAAUCCUCUACUGAAAUUUAGCAUUGACUUUAAUAUUUACUGUUUAUGGGAAGGGAAUAUCAGUCAAGGUCUUAUGAUAAUUGUUGAAAGCAAAAUGACACUUUUCUUUUUGGUGACAAUACAACGUUUUUCAGCACUUAUUUUUGCCAAUGCUUUAUUUUAAAAUAAGUGGAUUCCUUAUUAAAUGUUUGUGCUCAAGUAUCUCUGGUAAAGAAAUACAAUCCAAUAAUAGAAUACAUUUUGCAUUUUACUUUGGAAAUGUAAGAAUGAAGGCAAAUCUUGCCUUGUUGUGAGCAUCAUUUUGCCAAAUAACUUUUUUGACAUGGGAAAGAAGCUGGGGAACAAAAUGUUCACUGUUGUGCCUAAGAUACAGAAAUCUUCGUAUUAAUGUCCGUGCACUGAAGGGACUUUACCUGCUAACCCAUGAUGUUCCAUUGGAUUGGUUUUACAAAAAUUGCAGGCACUCUUAGGUUUGAGCAAGGGGCUGACAAGUGUUUGCAAUUCAUCAGUUUUCUGAAUGGAUAUGACGGUCAUUACUGGGGAACCUUGCCUGAAUGCAAAAUGCAUUUGUGGUAGCUGUGUGAUUUGGUGAAAGGGCAAUUUAAAUUCUUUUGUGGAUUUGGAUUGUACUGAGUUAUUGCAUUGCAUUACAUUUCAACACUUCUGAACAAUUUAUAUUCCUUUAUUAGGCUCACUUGACCCAAAGGAGUUGUUCUGUGAAACCUGCAGUUUCAUUUCACCAGUACUUUUAAUCAUUCUGUCAUUUAUUCUGAAUAGGAAGCUAUGCUAAAUAAAGAUGGAUUGACUUUGUAUUUCCAGAAUCCUUUCAGAAAAGAAGGAAGGAUAAUGAUGCAGACCAAACAAGCCAUAUUAUUUUAGUUAUACAUAAAAAUCUUGCAGAUCCUUUUUUCUCCCAGUUGCCUUUCUGUCAUUGACAACAUCCAGUUUUUUCUUUAAAGAAACAACUCUAGGAUCUUGUGCCUCCACUAAUUUUCCAGAAGUCUAUUCUAUACAAUCGCUUGUCUUUUUAAUAAUUUGAGCCUUCUCUCUCUUUUUGUCCUAUUUCCUUUAAAUUUAAUCGUACAGGUUGACCUUUUCUCUGUCCCUCUGCUAUCUUGUUGCCUAGAUGUGAUCACUGCAUCCAUCUGCAAUUUUUUGGUUGGUUUUGGUGUAAGUUAUUUCAUUUGAAUUGGAAGAAGAAUGAGCUCUUUGUUUUGCCAAACUGGAACCAAACAAGGAGAUAACAAAUUCUGCCACUGUUUUCCUCCACCCACUACCUCUCUCACUCGUCGUUCAAUUUCCAUUAAGUUCGCACUACUACUUUCAGUUCCUGUUACUGAUGAAAGGGUGCACCCAUGCCACAGCCUUUUACAAAUUCUAAUAAGAGUUUCUGCACAUUUCCAGUAUCUUGAGUCCAUAUUUGAGGUUUAAUUAUUUGUGUUUACUUUGAGACCAGGGCAUCUCCUGUGCUCAAUAAACUGAAUCUGCUCCAGAAUCGAUCUUCAUUAAAAGCCGCUUUAUCAAUGCAUUUUAACGUGAAAAGUUUCAGGAUGCAAAACAUUAAUCUUUUUUGUUUUGAGUUUCAUUUUCAUUGCUAAGACAUAUGUUGGACCUCUUUAAUGUCAACCUGCUGUAUUUUUGUUUUGAGGGAACACUGAGUGCAGAGAUUUAGGUGUUAACAUUAAAUACCAGUAGUGCCAAGCCAUAAAGAGUAUUUUCAGGUUAAGUUGAAGGACAAGUGGCAGCUGUGUGAGUUUUUUGUAGAUGCAAGUAAUGUUGGCUAAAGUAAGACCUACACAUAGAAAGUGGGUAGGAGUAUCCAUGAUACUAUCCUCUAGAUUCAGGAGAUAUAUAAUGAAAAUGUGUUAAUAUCAUUCACGAAUUGGGUCAUUGCUGUUGUUGUUGUAACCCACUGCUUCAAGGAACCAAUAUAGACAUAAUGGUUCACACUAAGAUUGUGGUCAAUUAGUCUUUAUAGCCAAUUUUUUUUUUUUUCAAUGGUUGUACAUGUAGAUGUUUUUUGAUUACUUAGAGAGGCAGAAAGAUUAAAUGCUUACUAACUCUGAAAUUUGAAGCUUUGUAUGGAUUGCUUGGUCCUGACUCUCAAGAACUUGAAAUGAAAACAAAGUGCUGAAAUACGCUAAGCAUCAUUAACCUGAAAUGGCAAAUCUGUUUGUCUCGACAGAUGCUGCAUGACCUGCUGAGAAUUUCAGUAUUUAUUUCCAAUUUCUGAUAUCUACAGUAUUUUGCUUUUGUCUAAAAUACUUGAAUUUGUAUUUGUUGUCUGAAAGGCAAAUGCCUGUAAGCUUAUGUUUCUGCCGACUUCUGAAUUGUUACACAUUUCUGGGGUUUUACUGGCUAUCACAUAAAUGGGGAAUUAAACUUGAAGGAGAAAUAUAAUUCAUUGUGCUACUGUUCUUUGUGACCAAAAUGGUCCUUUUCUUGCUUUGUAAUGGUGCAGGUAACCUUUUUUUUUUUUUUGUUGAUGAAGACUUGAUUUGAGUUUAUUUUAUUAAGUUGUUUUUUUUUUUUGUUUGUUUGUUUUUCUCAAUUUCUAUUUUCUCCCACCAUCUCCAGUGUUUUGUAACAUAUUGUAUGUCAGUCCACUCUCCUAGAAAGUCAGAAAAUGAAGACACUCUUGAUGUGGUGUACCUGAUUAAAACAAUAAUUUUUUUAUGGAGAA